AUGAACAAAACAGCUUCACAAAAUGCCGUACAGCCUACACGGACAACGUUGGACAAGCACUGCACAGUUCAGUGCGCGUCAAAUUGCGCGUUGAAUUGCAUGUUUAAUUGCACGUCGAGUUGUGUGGUGGGUUGCACGUUAAAAUGCGCGAGUCGGCGCAUGUCAAAUUGCGCAGUGUGGUGCAGCCAAUGUUUUGCGAUUUGCGUGUUAAAUCGUGGUGCGGUACGGUGCAGUGCGGUGCGGUGCGGUGUGGUGCAGUGCGAUGCACUGCCACACGCAGUGUGGCGCGGUGCGGUGCAACGCGGUGCAGUGCGGUGCGGCGCGGACACCGAAGCGGUGCACGGCGAUGCUCAGGGGCGCAUUGCGCGGGCCCAGGCGUGGAGCAGUGCAGUCCGGGACGACGCGGUGUGGCACGGUGCGGUGCAGUCCGUAGCGCACGAACGCAGGAAGACGUACGGCUUGCGCGACAGAGCCAGCGCGCACCACGAAGCGGUGCGCGGCGAUGCUCCGGAGCGCAUUGCGCGGGCCCAGGUGUGGUGCGCGUUCACGGGUUUCGGUUGCACGGCGAUCGAGGAGGCGGAGUUCGGCCGCCAGGUCGGGGUCCAGCUUGGUUGCUGCCAUGAACUGUUUGACGACUCGUGUUCGUUCGUCGGGUGUGGUAGAGAGCGGGCGGAGGAGGCGGAUGUGGUCGAGUGUCUUGUAGCGGGUGAGCAACACGUACGUGGUUGCACGCUUGAGGCCACUGGGCGGGACGGAAAGGUCCGCGACCCAGCAUUCUUCCUUGAAGCUACGGCCCUGUACGAAGUAGUCGGUGACGGCGUAGUAGUCACCAAGUGGUACAUUGACUCGACGUACAUUUUUGGUGGUGGUGCCGGUGUUGGCGGCUGGCACGGUGAUGUUUGCUGCCGCCCUGUAGUCCGGGUCUUGAUGGGCAGCAGCUCGUGCAGCCAUGUCCCGGUGUUGUUCUGCAGCCCUGCGCCCCGGAUCCAGAUGAGCAUCCCGCAUCCGGGCUGCAUCUACGCUGAGUGUACCCAGGCGCUCAUGACUGCGUGUCCCAGUCCGCUGGGCGAGCUGACGGCCGUGGACAAGUUCAUUUCACAAAAGGCCGUACAGUUUACACGGACAACGUUGGACAACCGCAGAUGCACACUUCGGCGCACUCCUCGUCCAUCGCUGAAUUGUGCGUUGAACCGCGCAUCGAUUUGUGCAUUUAAUUGUGCGGUUCGGUGCGCGUUUAAUUGCGCGUUGAAUUGUGCAUCGAAUUGCGCAUCGAAUUGCGCGUUCAAUUGCAUGCUUCGGUGCGCAUUGAAUUGCGCGUUGAAUUGCACGUUUAAUUGCAUGUCGAGUCGUGUGGUGGGUUGCCCGUUAAAACGCGCGAGUCGACGCAUGUCAAAUUGCGCAGUGCGGUGCAGUGCGGUGCGCGAUAGAGCUAGCGCGCACCACGAAGCGGUGCACGGCGAUGUUCCGGAGCGCAUUGCGCGGCCUCAGGUUUGGUGCGGUGCGAUGCGGUGUGGUGCGGCGCGGUGCGGUGCGCAGUUACCGAAGUAUGACGAGUACUUCGCAGACGAUAGUGAGCAUGUGGUGUACGCUGCAUACGACUGCUUAGACGUUGACGUUCGCCGCACAAGUACGCAGGAUAGCGCAGGUAUGCCGUACAAUACGUGCAGAGGCGUGCGGGAGAUAUCGCUGCCACGUUGUGUGGCCGUGUUGGUGUUCGGUGCGUUGGUCAUAGCUGCCAACGUCAUGGCGGCGUUGGAAGCCGCCUCCAAGUCGAGGCGGCAGCAUGAGUACAACGGGCAACAGCGCAGUUACCACCGCCUCAACAAUCGUUGUGGAUCAAAGUCAUACCGGGUCAGUAACCAGGUAGGCAUUGUUAUGUACGAUUGCAAAGUGUAUGUAGGCUUGCCGGUGUAUGCCAUGACAUGCGUCGAUGCAUAA